UGUGACGUCAUUUCCGUCGCCACAGCUGAUGUGCUGAGUCCGCUCCUUCUCCAAACGGCUCUUGAAUAUCUCUUGGCCGUACAGUUAGACCUCCUUUUACCUCGAUAACGACAGACGAGAUGAUUUACAGGGACAGGAUGCCGCUGUUACGGGUGUUCGUGCAGGCCGCCCUUGUCGCAGCAGCGUGGUGUUUCAUCGACAUCGAAACCGGGCCUGGCGCAGGUGUAACGCUAUCGACGCAGGCGAACGGAGAUCGGUUCAAAAUCGAGGGAAGGGCGAUAGUUCCGGGGGUGAAAACACAAGACUGGGUCUCCGAGGCCAGAAUCCUCGUAGAAGGCGAAGAGUACGUGGGAUUUGUGAGAACUGAUGGAAGUUUUGCUGUGAAUGACGUCCCUUCAGGAUCCUACGUUGUGGAAGUUGUCACCCCGACCUAUAGAUUUGAGCCAGUACGUGUUGAUAUCACAUCCAAGGGCAAAAUGAGGGCACGUCUUGUGAACUACAUCAAGACUUCAGAAGUAAUUCGCCAGGCAUAUCCUCUUCAAAUGAGAGCUAAUGGCCCCCACACCUACUUCAUGAAGAGAGAAACUUGGGGCUGGACAGAUUUUCUCAUGAACCCAAUGGUCAUGAUGAUGGUUCUGCCCCUGCUGAUCAUUGUUCUACUGCCCAAGGUGGUCAACACUAAUGACCCAGAGAUGAGAAAGGAAAUGGAGCAGUCCAUGAACAUGCUGAACCCCAACCCCGAGCUUCCAGACGUCUCUGAGCUCAUGACCAAGCUCUUCUCCGGCUCCAAGGGCUCUAGCAAGGCAGGCAGCAGCAGCAAGGGCACCAGGCCGGCCGUCAAGAGGAGGUAGUACUGUACGCGUCCCUUCGAUCUGCCUAAGGAAGCUCCAGUUAUGCCAUGGAAGCAAGAUUUUUAAGUGUAAUUUUUCUCCCCUGGGUCUAUUGUACAGUUUUUCUUUAUUAGAUGUUUUAAGCACAUCUUGAUUUCUAAUAUGCUAUUGGAAACGUUCUUACUGCACUGAUAGACAUUUCUUAACCCCUGCUAAAGCUCCUUCAUUUGCUCUAUACUUUCUACCUGUGGCUCCUCUACUCCAUCUUUUCUGUGCUAACCCUCCGGUGUGCAUUUUUCCACUGCUGCUAAUUCCACUACCUGAAAGAGAAAAUAUAUACAGAGAUUCUUUUUUUUUUUCGUCUUUUCUUUUCAGUAAUAUGACUGUGAAUGAAGAUUAAUUGAAUUUUAAGACUGAUAAAUUCUUAUUUAAAAACCUAGAUGAAUAAAUUGCAAUGGUAUAUAACAA